GCUGGAUCGAAGUACUUUAAAAUGUUGCUUCUAAGGAGAUUUCCUACUUUCACACUAACGUUGUUUUCGUGUAUAUUGUUAUGCGAAAGCAAUACCCUCAAAGCCAGACAAACUGUGAGAAAUUUCCCUGAUGGAUUUUUGUUUGGUACAGCUACUGCUUCCUACCAAAUCGAAGGUGGUUGGAAUGCAGACGGAAAGUCCGAAAACAUUUGGGAUCAUAUGACUCACAAUAACCCCUGCGUAACAGAUGAUUGUCUGAACGGAGACGUCGCCGACGACUCGUACAACCUCUACAAGAGAGACGUAGAGAUGGCAAGAGAACUUGGCCUCGACUUUUACAGAUUCUCUAUCUCUUGGUCAAGAGUCCUACCAACUAGUUUCCCAGACAAAAUAAAUGAAGCAGGAGUACAAUAUUACAAUAAUUUGAUUAACGAAUUGUUGAAGUACAACAUCGAACCAAUGGUUACAAUUUAUCACUGGGAUUUGCCCCAGAAACUACAAGAAAUGGGUGGCUGGACUAAUCCUCACAUUGUGGACUGGUUUUCUGACUACUCUCGUGUGUUAUUUGAACAGUUUGGAGAUAGAGUUAAAUAUUGGAUAACCUUGAACGAACCCCGUGAAAUUUGUUAUCAAGGAUAUGGGUCAGUCACUAUGGCACCGCAGUUAAACAUUCAAGGUACGGCAGAGUAUAUGUGUGCUAAGAACCUGUUAGUUGCUCAUGCAAAAGCGUAUCAUAUUUACGACAAAGAGUUUAGAGCAACACAGGGAGGCACCAUCGGUAUCACUAUCAGUGCAUCGUGGAUGGAACCUGAAACUGAAGAUCACGCCGAGGCAGCGGAAGUAAUGAGGCAAUUUGAGUGGGGGCAGUAUGCUCAUCCAAUAUUCUCAAAAGCUGGAGAUUUUCCCCCUGUGAUGAAGGAAAGAAUAGCAGCAAAAAGCGCAGCGCAAGGUUUCCAAAGAUCAAGACUGCCUGAAUUUACUGCCGAGGAAGUAGAGAUGGUUCGAGGAUCAUCAGAUUUCUUCGGGCUUAAUCAUUACUCGUCAGUUAUCGUUUUCAAAAACGAAACAUCACUGACCUAUGACGUUCCAUCAUACUAUGACGAUAUCGAAGCCAAUGGCUAUCAACCUAGUGAUUGGAGUGGAGCAGUCUCAAGUUGGUUGAAGGACGUUCCUUGGGGAUUCUACAAACUUCUUACGGCGAUUAGGGAAAAUUAUGAUAACCCUAUAGUAUUUAUCACUGAAAAUGGCUACUCAACUUACGGUGGGCUCGAGGAUGAAGAUCGUAUCACCUACUACAGGGGUUACCUCAACGCAAUGCUGGACGCUAUGGAAGAUGGAUCUGACGUCAGAGUGUACACUGCCUGGAGUCUCAUGGAUAACUUUGAAUGGAUGCGUGGUUACACUGAACGUUCCGGACUCUACGAAGUCGACUACGAGAGCUCAGAACGCACGCGCACACCGCGCAAGUCCGCCUUCGUGUACAAGGAGAUCGUGCGCACGCGCGCCCUCGACUUCAACUACAAGCCCGACACCACCGUCAUGACCAUCGAUGAAGGACUGGUGUAUAAGCCAAUGAUCCAAACAAUGUUGCGUAAAGCUCCGACACUGUUUCUAGCCCUUCUAUCAUGCCUGCUAUUGGCUGAAACCAAGGUACUAAAUGGAGCCAAACAAGACGUGAGGAAAUUCCCUGAUGGAUUCUUAUUCAGCACAUCAACAGCUUCGUAUCAAAUAGAAGGUGCCUGGGACGCUGAUGGAAAAACCCCUAGCAUUUGGGAUCACGUAGCCCACGCUAGGCCCUGCUUAAUUGACGAAUGUCACGAUGGAGAUAUUGCCAAUGACUCUUACAACCAAUACGAACGAGAUGUGGAGAUGAUGAGGGAACUCGGACUUGAUUACUACAGGUUUUCACUGUCCUGGUCUAGAAUUCUACCAACAAGUUUCCCUGACAAAAUCAACGAAGCCGGAGUACAGUAUUACAACAAUUUAAUCAACGAGAUGUUGAAGUACAAUAUUAAACCAAUGAUCACACUUUUCCAUUGGGAUUUACCGCAAAAACUGCAAGAAAUGGGUGGAUGGACCAACCCCGCCGUCAUUGACUGGUUCACUGACUACGCACGCGUGGCAUUUGAGCAGUUUGGAGACAGAGUAGACAUGUGGAUCACCUUCAAUGAACCCCGAGAGGUUUGUUACUUAGGAUAUGGUAGUGCUGGACUAGCACCUCUGCUAACGAUAAGUGGCGUAGCAGAUUAUAUGUGCGCCAGACAUUUGCUGUUAGCCCAUGCCAAAACAUAUCACAUGUACGACAAGGAAUUCAGAGGCGAAAAAGGAGAGCUUGGUAUUACACUGAGUGCAAAAUGGGUCGAACCUGAAACUGAAGCUGAUGCUGCAGCUGCUGAAGAGACGAUGCAAUUUGAGUAUUUCCAAUACGCUCACCCAAUAUUCUCCAAGACUGGAGACUGGCCUCCCAUCAUGAAAGAAAGGGUUGCAGCUAAGAGUGCUGCACAAGGCUUUAAGAGAUCAAGACUGCCAGAGUUCUCCCCUGAAGAAGUAGAAUUAAUUAAAGGAACUGCUGAUUUCUUUGGAUUGAACACUUACACAACCGAAAUAGCCUAUAGAAACGCGUCGGUAACGGAUUAUCAUCCUGUUCCGUCCAUCCAUGAUGAUAUAGAAGUCAUUUUAUACCAACCUAGCGAAUGGGUAGGCUCAGCGUCGUCAUGGUUGAAGAACGUUCCCUGGGGAUUCUACAAAUUGCUCACAAAAAUUCGUGAGGACUACGAUAACCCUCUAGUCUACAUUACUGAAAAUGGAAUGUCAACCCGCGGUGGACUGGAAGAUGAUGACCGCAUCAGCUACAUCAGGUCAUACAUGGAUGUCAUGCUGGACGCCAUAGAAGAAGGCUCCGACAUCGGAAUGUAUUCUCUCUGGAGUCUUAUGGACAACUUUGAGUGGAUGAGGGGAUACACCGAGCGUUUCGGUAUCUACGAAGUAGACUACGAGAGCCCGGAGCGAACGCGCACGCCGCGCAAGUCCGCCUUCGUGUACAAGGAGAUCGUGCGCACGCGCGCCCUCGACUUCAAUUACGAGCCCGACACCACCGUCAUGACCAUCGAUGAAGGACACUGAUGCUCUUGCAAACUGA